AUGAUAAGACUAGGUGGUAAUACUAAUGUUCUUGGUAUACCUUUAGGAUAUAAAGAGAAUUCCAUUUAUUAUCUUAACAAUGAAUUUCAUCUUGAUAUCUUUUCUAAUAGAUAUCAAAUUAAUGAUGUAUUAAUUACUCCAUAUUCUAUUAGUAACCAAAAUGGUAAACAACGUUAUGUAUUAGAAAAAAACAAAGAUAUAAUACCACAAUAUUAUUAUUCUUAUUUACAAAUCAGCGACAAAGAAGUGCCUUAUCAAUUCAUUUAUAAUUCUUCAUUUGUCACAACUUUAUUGAUAAGGUCUGUCUCCAUUUUUGUUAUCAUCAUUAUUUUAUCUUUCAUUAAUAAGUUUUCACCACAAAACAUUAAUAUUACACAACCAUUAAAUUCAUUCCAACUUGCUAUGUUAAUUAAUGGCUCAUCAAUUCUCUUAACCCUUGGGAUAUUCUUUAUAUUAUUUUCUUUUUGUAAUGAAGCAACAUUUGAUAAUAAUAGUUUUGGAAUUAUGACAUUUUUCUUAGUAUUUUCACCAUUAUUUUCAUGGUUAUAUUGUUCUUGUAUAAAAACUCAUGCAACACCAUCAAAAACAACAUUAUAUUUAUUGUUAUUACAACUUAUUAUCUUAGUUUGUCAUUUAAUUAGAGAUAUACUAACACCAGAAUCUAUGCAAUCUUUUUCUGUUUUAACUCAUAUUUUAUUCAUUAUAAUGCAACUUUGUGUUUUUAAUUUCAUAAAUGGUACACUCCUUUAUUGUUUCUUAAUAGACAAUUCUUCACAUAUUAAUUAUCCGAAUAUUCAUUCAACUCAUGCUAAUAGUAUAAAAUGGAUUCUUUUCGUUCUUGCAAGUCUUUUAUUUUCAUUUUCACGAUAUUUAAUCAUUCAAUUAGUUGUUAUCUUUCCAAUACAAUUCUUCUUUACAAAUUAUUAUACAGUAGUAUUAAUGUAUAUACUAUCUAUAGUAAUUUUCAUACAAUUAGACCUUAUUCUUAAAACUCAUAUUAAGUCUGAUGUUUGUUUUUUUCUUUGUGAUUUUAUUUUCAUGAUUAGAGAUUAA